GAUUUGGAAGGAGAAGAGAGUCUGGCGGACGCUUACCGGGCGGUAACGGCGACAUGCUGAGCAAUCCGACGGGCGCCCGACAGAUCCCAAACACAGAAGAAGCGACAACGACCCGGAGGGAUCCGGUGGAUUUGAAAAACAUGAGAAAAUCUGGUGGGCCAAGCUGGAUUUUAUUUACGAGCAUUAUUUGAUAGAUCAUCCUAUGAGGCAAAAGAAGAAAAGCAAAAAGAGAAUAAGAAGAAAAGGUCUGAAUUAUUGCUGGAAACUGCUGUCAUCAUUCCGAAUAAUCAUGGUUGCAGUCGUCAAUUCAUCCUUUUUGAAUUUUGAAGAUGGUCAUAUUGUCCUGCCUUCUGAAGGGAAUGGAGCUUUGUUGUUUGUCAUGGUGGGGAAAGUAUUUAUCAAUUUGUUUCUAUUGCAGGUCAGAAGACACAGUCAUCAUCAGAGUUUUAUGAGCUAUUUCUGCAUUUCACUAGCUAUCUUUGACUUGAUACUUCUGGGGAUGAUGACUCUCAUUUUCUGUAACCGGAAUGUUUUGAUUGGGGAGAUUAGAUUUACUGAGUAUCACUUCUGUCUUUUGCCUCAGAUUAUGUCCUUUGUGUAUGGAAUUUUGCAUUAUCCAGUUUUUUUGAUAGCUGGCUUGGAUUAUUGCCUUACAAUAACCCACACUUCCAAAUAUCAGAACAAGUGUUGGAAAUCACUGUACACAGUUGCUGUAAUACUCACAUGGAUUUCUGCGCUUGGUUACAUUCUGAAUCUUCCAAGCAGUUCUUCGUGGCUGAAUAUAAAUAAUAAUAAUUAUGGGCAUCAAUGUCCUUUCUACAUUAGUAGCCAAACUUACUGGCUCUCACUUGGUAUGUUGUCCAUAAUAUGCCUGGUUCUUGCUUUCUGUUGGUCAGAAAUUAUAAAUAUAGUGCAGUCCACUAAGCUGAUUUCUUUUGAGAGAGACGUCGUUCUGUUAUUUCCUUAUGAACUUGAGGGCAGCUCCAGAGAUCAUUCAAAACAUCUCUUGACAAGACUUCUGAUCAGCUUCAUGGGGACUUGGAUACCGUUCAUUCUGCUCCAAAUGCUUCUUGUGUUACUUAAUGCAGAGAUUCCUGCCCACAUUGAGAUGAAUGUCCCCUGGCUUUGUUUUGUCAACAGCUUUCUCAUUGGGAUUGCAUGUUGGGUGAGAACCCAAGACAUUGUGCUUCCUGAAGAUUCUUGGGACAUAGAUCCAUUCGUCAGCUGGAAAUAUUGCUUUACACCUUUCAGCUUUCAAAACACUAAUAAAGCUGUAAAUCCAGACAGCGAAAUUGUAAUCUAUUAAUGAACUACCAUAGGAUUAUAUUAACUGGAUUGCAAUCAGCGGAGAAAGCUGCAAGUUAAGUUUACGAACUACAGGAAAAGAGGAACAUCAAAUGAGAUAUUGGUUGAACGUUUUCUCAAGUUCUGCUGUGUGUGUAGGAACAUAGCAGUAUAAAAGAGUACUAUGUGUUUUCCAAGUUGAAUUUCCAGCAUGGGUUGUUAUUUCAAAAUAAAGUAAUGGAGUCUCUA